UAAGUACUUAUCGGUGAGAGUUGGAUACAAUAGUACUUGUAAUUGGUCUAGGAUGACCUAGUCAAUGAAUAGGUGGUAGUAGAACAGAGAGAGAGUGAGCCAGUGGACCGACAAUUGGAGUGAGUGAGUUGAGUGAUUGAAAGAGAGUGCUCGCGUGUCGCGUGAUAUGCUACAACGAACAGCGUGAAAAAUAUUAGGGAAUGUCUUUCAAUGGCCUAUGGAUCAUGAGGAACAAUCAUCCCAACCUUUCACCGUGGUUCAUUCUACUCGUAUCGUCUCAACUUCUAUCUGCCUUGCCACCUGUGAUAAGAAUAGGAGCAAUAUUCACUCAAGAUGAGAAAGACAGCAGCACGGAGCUAGCGUUCAAAUAUGCAGUGUACAGGAUCAAUAAAGAUAAAAGCCUUUUGCCGAACACAACAAUCAUGUACGACAUUCAAUACGUUCCGAGAGAUGACAGCUUCAGAACUUCAAAAAAAGCUUGCAAACAGCUAGAAUUCGGAGUGCAGGCGAUUUUCGGACCAAGUGAUCCCCUUUUGGGAGCACACAUCCAAUCGAUCUGCGAGGCUCUUGACGUGCCGCACGUCGAGGCUCGAGUCGACUUCGAGCCCAGCUUCAAAGAGUUCUCCAUCAAUCUGCAUCCUUCUCAAGAACACAUGAACAAAGCCUUCAAAGAUGUGAUAACCUUUCUCAAUUGGACCAAAGUCGCAAUCAUCUACGAGGAGGACUAUGGCUUAUUCAAGCUUCAAGAUCUAGUCAAAGCACCUCCUGCCUCAAGGACAGAUAUGUACAUUAGACAAGCUGGUCCUGGAUCUUACAGACAGGUCCUGCGAGAAAUCCGUCAAAAGGAAAUUUUCAAGCUGAUUGUGGACACAAACCCUCGUCACAUGAGUCAAUUUUUUCGAGCGGAUAUUGAGACUUUUGAUUUGGAAGACUUCAACUACAACUCUGUCAACAUAACCGCCUUCAGAUUGGUUGAUAGGGAGGAUCCCAAAGUGGCUGAUAUUCUCGACAAAAUGGAACGAUUUCAACCCAUUGGACAUGCAAUACUGAAUCGCAGUGGAGUGAUACAGGCGGAACCAGCACUAAUGUUCGAUGCGGUGCAAGUGUUCGCCGCCGGCCUGGCAGCACUCGAUAGGAGCCACGUGCUCAAGCCAGCCAACCUGUCCUGCGACCUGGAAAAGCCAUGGAACGACGGAUUAUCUCUCUAUAACUAUGUCACUUCGGCAGAGGCCAGAGGACUGACCGGUCGCAUAGAGUUCAAUGAAGGGAGGAGAAGUAAUUUUAAGUUGGAUUUGCUCAAAUUGAAGAAAGAAGAGUUGAGAAAAGUUGGCUACUGGACGCCAUCAGAGGGGAUCAACAUCACCGAUCCAACCGCCUUCUAUGAGACAUCAGUCACAAACAUCACCCUCGUAGUCAUGACUAGAGAGGAGAAGCCUUACGUGAUGGUGAAGGAGGAUAAGAACUUGACAGGCAACGCUAGAUUCGAAGGUUUCUGCAUCGACCUGUUGAAGUGGAUAGCUGGCCAGGUCGGCUUUCACUACUCCAUCCGUCUAGUUCCUGAUCACAUGUAUGGAGUCUAUGAUCCGGGCACCAGACAAUGGAAUGGAAUUGUUCGAGAGCUCAUGGAUAAGAGAGCGGACUUGGCCGUCGCCUCCAUGACUAUAAACUAUGCGAGAGAGAGUGUUAUAGACUUCACAAAGCCAUUCAUGAAUUUAGGAAUAGGCAUAUUAUUCAAGGUUCCUACAUCGCAGCCAACAAGACUGUUCUCGUUUAUGAAUCCUUUAGCAGUAGAAAUCUGGUUAUACGUUUUAGCAGCCUACCUCCUGGUAAGCUUCACCCUGUUCGUCAUGGCAAGGUUUUCGCCUUACGAAUGGAACAACCCUCAUCCCUGCCUUGCCGAGUCGGAUGUUGUUGAGAACCAGUUCUCCGUCUCGAACAGUUUCUGGUUUAUUACUGGAACUUUUCUGAGACAAGGCUCUGGACUGAACCCCAAGGCUUCUGAGAGCAUGCCAAAUCGAUUGUUCUCAUUCAUGAAUCCUCUGGCUGUUGAGAUAUGGUUUUACAUGGCUGGAGCCUACGUGGUCGUCUCACUAACCAUAUGGUUUGUGGCGAGAUUCUCACCGUACGAAUGGUGCGACCCGACAACUGGCUAUGGUUGUAUGUGCGAUCACUGUCAACAAAUCCAGUAUCAACAUCAGCAUGAUCAUGAUCAUCACGAUCAUCACGAUCAUCACGAACAUCACGAUCAUCACGAACAUCACGAUCAUGACCAUCAUGAUCAUGAUCAUCAUCACGACCAUCUCCAUGAAUCCGAUGAUGAAGACGAUUUCUACCAGCACGCACUAGCCACACUUAUGGUCUCCGAAAACGAUUUCACCCUGAGCAACAGUUUCUGGUUCACCAUUGGCACCUUGAUGCAGCAGGGAUCCGAUCUCAACCCUAAGGCGACUUCGACAAGGAUAGUUGGAGGAAUAUGGUGGUUCUUCACGCUGAUCAUAAUAUCGUCGUACACGGCCAACCUGGCUGCUUUCCUCACGGUGGAGAGGAUGAUAACGCCGAUAGAAAACGCUGCCGAUCUCUCCGAGCAAACUGAAAUAUCUUAUGGCACUCUUGCAGGAGGAUCAACGAUGACAUUUUUCAGGGACUCAAAAAUCGGGAUCUACCAGAAAAUGUGGAGGUACAUGGAGAGCAAGCGGCCAUCGGUGUUUGUCUCGUCAUACGAGGACGGGGUGAAAAGAGUGCUGGAAGGCAAUUACGCGUUUCUGAUGGAGUCGACCAUGCUGGACUACGCAGUGCAGCGUGAUUGCAACUUGACCCAGAUCGGCGGUCUGCUGGACUCCAAGGGCUAUGGCAUCGCCACCCCCAAAGGUACACUGCUCGUUUUGAAUGUGUUCAUUUUUUCUGUUUUUGUCACAGGGGGAGUGUUCGUUGUACUUCUGUGCGGUUUAGCCCUGGCUAUAGUUGUCGCCAUACUCGAGUUCUGCUGGAACUCGAAAAAGAAUGCGCAGACAGAUCGGCAAUCACUCUGCUCUGAGAUGGCAGAGGAGUUGCGGUUUGCAGUGAGAUGCCAUGGCUCAAGGCAACGGCCCGCUCUGAAGAGAUCAUGCACUAGGUGCUCGCCGGGUACAACGUACGUACCAGCUGCUCUCGAACUGCCACAUCUCAACGGGGAGCGAGGAAUUCUACCAAUGCUGGAAAUGAAGAAGCCGUCCAUCAGCUACGAAACAGAUACCUAGUAUCGUGUUGGGGCGGCUCACGCUAGUACUGAGUUCAACGCCCCAUCAGCCUCCAGCUAAUAUCGACUUCAACGCAGGGAAUUGCAAUUUUGAAAUGCACCUCUGCAAUAACAAAUUGAAAAGACAUUAGUGUAGUGAUACAAUUAUAAAACCGAUCAAACAGAACAAAAUUGUCCAUAGAAGCGGCCUACAACGAUAAUUUACAAAAUAUUUUAAUAGUUUAUUGAUCAAGGUGUAGGAGACUAGUCGCUAGAAAACUAAGAUGCAACUAAUGGAGGUCAGCCACUCCAUGAUGCUUUUGACGUCUUAACAUAAUGUCAAUUGUUGAUCACAAUGUGAUAAAUAGUUAUUCCAUGAUUUGAAAAUGUACCAUUCCGGUCAUAUUAUUCAAUUUUUGCAACGAAACAAAACAGCUAUUGAGUUUGAAAAAUCAGUAAUUAUUGAAGACUUGCAGGAAUUGAGUGUGUCUUGCUUGUGCAAAUUAAUUCCACGCAAUGUAGAAGUUCUCAGUUUCAACAGCAAGUCACUACUGAAACUUACAAAGGAAGUUCUUAGUGACGUCGGAAUGAUUAUCUCUCAUCCUCUCUUCCUCUUGACUCCUCCUGAUUAAUUCAUCUUCCAAUCGAAUUCAACCAUUUUAAUUCAUGAUAAAGCACUAGAGUAUUGUCUAGAAAUAUCACGAAUUUAUUGAAAACAUGGAUAAAUAUCACUAUUUUUC